AUAAGUCACCGAGUAAGGUAGGUGUCCUGAGGAGAGGGCACAGGUAGAAACAGGCCGAACAAGCUCAUUUACUAGACUCAUAUACACUAUAUGGUGUCUGGAGUCAGCAAGUUUGGGCUUUGUACGAAAAUACAAUCUUGGUUUCGCAAACCUUCAAGUAUUAUUUCUUUAUCAGGACAUAUCAGGCACUGUGUAGGAAAAGAACACUAGUUGCUUUUUUUUCACAUUUCCCAAGGACUUAACUAAAACUACCUGCAGUUGGAUUUAGAUUCGUUCUAUCAUUGUUUUGGCGAGUGCGUUACAGAAAAAGCAAAUGGAUUAGUAAAGAUAAAAUAAAUUUCUUUUCCUUUGGAAGAGUUUUUGUUUUAAGUGAGCAACUAUUUGUAUGGAAUCAGAGUGACCUUUUAGUAGAAGUGGAAUUGCACAAACUUUCAAAAUGAAAGCAAAAACAUCAGCGGAGAGUAAUAACAAUUCUCUUCCUGGUAGACGGAAACCGAAGCACCAGGGAAGGUUUAAGAAGCGCCUGUCUACUAUACUCCACACCCAUGUAGCGCUGAUUUUCCUGUGUACUCUGGCUGUGUUGGAUGCAGGAUGUGUCAUCGGCCAAAUUAUCAGCGAUAUCCUUAUCAUGAAAGAUGAGCUGCAGGAGAAACAACAAAUGGAGGUGCAUGCCAAGGCUGUUCUAUUAGACUUGUUUCCUGUACGACUUAAUAAAACAAGUUGGGAUAAAAAGCCUUUGUCUGAUAUCCUUGUUAUAUUGAGAGAAUGUUUCGAUGACGUAAAAGCCACAGAUAUCCAGGAGAAGAGGAUAGCGCUGGAGAAGUUACUCUCGAACACGACCCCUCAUUCCUGGAAUCAUAUAGAACACGUGAAAGGGCGUCACAAGAGGGCGGCUGGUGGAAACCAUCAGCACGCUUUCCAGGAUAAAAACAAAUAUAUCCAGCAUCAUAUCCUCCACGAGCUUACACAUGCUUUCCAUCUGGGGAGCAUGGUUAUUCUCACCAUUUUACUUAUUGAGACAUUUUUCAAGGUAUUUGCGAUGGGAAAGAAAUUCCUCUCACACAAAGUGGAGGUUUUCGACGCCUUUGUCAUCACUGUUUCCUGGGCUCUUGACGUAGUUUUCUGGGAAGGAUUAUGGGCUCAUCCAGAGACGGAGGCAGCUCAUAUCAUGAUCUUCAUUCUCCCCUGGAGGGUCAUCAGGAUUGUGAAUAGUUUCGUCAUGGUCAUUCAGGAAAAGGAUCAUUUACAAUUGAAGAUAGUUAAACAGCAAUACAGAGGAUCAGUGAAAAGGGCCAGCGAUAUGAAAAUGAAAGUGGAAUUAUAUAGAAUCGAAUUGAGGCAGCUCCAAAGUCUGUGUAGAAGACGAGGGGCCACAGACCGUGAAAUCCAGCAGUGUGCGCCCGAAGGUAAGAGGAGGAGGAGCAGUCUGUUACCCGUACUGACGAGAUUGGCCUCAGUUGGAUUGUUGGGAUCGGUUAGUAGUUCUACGGAUUUGACGAAAGACGCGGCCUCUAAUGAUACGUCUGACGAGGAGGAUUCUGCUGUAGAUCUGUCAAGCCGUCCCAAUAGUAACUACAGCAAUUACAGCAAUUUCAGCAGCAGUGAUUGUUUAAGUCUUGGCAGAACAAUAUCUACUGCUAGCAGCAUUUCAGCUGUAGCUUAUCCACACACUCCUAUUAGCACGGAAAACUUAGUCAAGGACAAUCCUGCUUUUGCGUCAGAUGAAGAACCGCCAAACUAUAAGGAAGUGACGGAACCAAAAACAAAUGACGAGAGCUUUUUCACGAAGCUUUGAAGAAUGUUUUUUGACCACUCUGAGGAAUCUUGCUUACUACAGGCUAAAGUGCUAGAAACAGAUGGCAAUGGACAUAUGACGGUGCUAUACGAACUUGCUUAUGCAGUUUAAACAAGCUCAUAUCGGUGAUGCUUUUCACGCCUAUAUGUCAAGGGAAAGCUUUGGUGCGUCAUAGAAAUGACAGAUCAAGCGGUGUAUGUGGUUUAUUGGCUGAAAAAUACGUCGUAUAAAGAGAGCAGUUAUGUGAACUGUUUUAAACAAACGCUCAUAGUGUUUUGCGCACAUCAUUUACUAAUACACAUAAGUUGAAGAGUGUGAGUUGCCGCAAUUUGUGCCUAAGUCAGUAAUUGUGUGGUUCAUGUCUGUUAUGCACCCUCCUAUCUGUGUGUUUCAUUGACAACUUAGCUCAUGUUUGCUACACUGUACUGCCCUGAACGUCUAUCAACUCAAUUUGCCUUCGAUGUAUCAGUUCGAUAGGAGUAUGGAAGGGUGUAGUUCCCUUUUUUAUAUAGAAUAAUAUGUCAUCUGUAAUAGUCAGACUGAGAUUAUUGAUAAAGCAAAAUGUUUAUUCUUUGAUAUGAAACUUUUCUUAAUUUUCUAUAAACACCAUUGAUAAAUACCAGAAUGUUUAAAACAGACUGAAGUUUUAAUGCGAGUCGUAAGCAGGAAAGGUAACAUUGUGGUCGAGCAGCUAUACCUGCUACACAACUGAUUCAGUCUACUUCCAAACGUUUAAACGUAAAAAUAGACUGUUAAGUUGCAAAAAGAAUUGCAUACUUUAUGAUUAAAACAGAAAUCAGUAGAUAUUUUGUAAAGAUAGUAAGUUUAAAUGAAGUCUAAUAAAAGCGGAUCUAAUUACAAUGUACAAUACCAACAAUCAAAGUAUAUAUUAAAUAUAUUACAUCCCGGUUUUAAUCAUGGUUUAUCUAUUGACUACCCUAGAUGAAUAUUAUCUAUCAAUUACAGUGUUGCCCUAGGCUUUUGUUUUAAUUAACUAUAAAGCAUCGCUUUGUCUCUGUUUCUCGUUGUAUUCGCUAACUACCUAGCGUUACAAACUCCCUCGUAUCAGUAUCAAAUAAGUUUCUUUCACACUAAAUUUACAGUUAUGUAUUCAUUAGGACGGAGAUCUGACGAUGGGAAUAGUAUGAUUUCAAAUAUUAACCUAUAUAAAAAUAAUAGAUCUCGUUAUUUGAAUACAUUAUAGAUAAAUCAAUAAACAAUGAUAUUUGUUUUUAUUUGGUAAUCAAUCAUUGCAGGACUAUCAAAUUGAGUAUUACAGAUAAGUAAUGUCCCGGUGAUAAUCACAAUGAACUCAUUCAGGACCGUUUGUUUUAUACUGCUGUUUACUGCUUUGCAUUCAUUGAGAACGAUUUGUUUGGUUUUCGUCUCAGGAUAAUGAGGAGUAUGUUUUUUAUAAAAAAAAAUAUUACAUUGUGUUAUUCGAUCUAGGAAAUACAACUAAAUAUUGUUUUUAAAUGACAUUUACAAAUGGCAAACAUUUCGUAUCAUCUCAGUUGCAAUUAACGAAACGUAUGCAAUUGAUAUAAAUAUAAGUGACCGGUGUUAUUUUCAACUCAUUAAAACAGAAACAUUUUGUCAUCCCAUAAAAUAUUGAUGUGAGGAUUUCAUUGUGUGAGAAAGUGAGAGAGUGAGAUGUGCAAUAAAUAGUAGUAUGUUAAAACGAGAAAGUGCUUUCAUUGUCAUUCAAUCUGAUGGUGAAGUUGAUAGUGUGUUAUUUAUAAUCAGAUGUAUAAAUAAAACAAUAAACAUUAUACAUCGAUAAAAA